AUGACCCUGCCCGGGGGCCCGACGAGCAUGGCGCGGCCGGGAGGCGCGCGGCCCUGCAGCCCGGGGCUGGAGCGGGCCCCGCGCCGGAGUGUCGGGGAGCUGCGCCUGCUCUUCGAGGCGCGCUGCGCGGCGGUCGCCGCCGCCGCCGCCGCAGGGGAGCCCCGGGCCCGCGGGGCCAAGAGGCGUGGGGGACAGGUCCCCAACGGGCUUCCGCGGGCUCCCCCUGCCCCGGUGAUCCCGCAGCUGACUGUGACAGCCGAGGAGCCGGACGUACCCCCGGCCAGCCCGGGGCCGCCGGAGCCGGAGGGUGGCUGGCUCCCGGCCGUGGGCUCCUCACACCUGCAGCAGCCGCGCCGCCUCUCCACCUCGUCGCUCUCCUCCACUGGCUCCUCGUCGCUGCCCGAGGACUCGGAGGACGAUCUGCUGAGCGACAGCGAGAGCCGGAGCCGCGGCAACGUGCAGCUGGAAGCCAGCGAGGACGUGGGUCAGAAAAGCCACUGGCAGAAGAUCCGGACCAUGGUGAAUCUGCCCGUCAUGAGCCCUUUCAAGAAGCGCUACGCCUGGGUGCAGUUGGCUGGGCACACGGGGAGUUUCAAGGCGGCUGGCACCAGCGGGCUGAUCCUGAAGCGCAGCUCGGAGCCGGAGCGCUACUGCCUGGCGCGGCUCAUGGCGGACGCGCUGCGCGGCUGCGUGCCCGCCUUCCACGGCGUGGUGGAGCGCGAUGGCGAGAGCUACUUGCAGUUGCAGGACCUGCUCGACGGCUUCGAUGGGCCCUGCGUCCUUGACUGCAAGAUGGGCGUCAGGACUUACCUGGAGGAGGAGCUGACCAAAGCCCGCGAGCGGCCCAAGCUGCGGAAGGACAUGUACAAGAAGAUGCUGGCGGUAGACCCUGCGGCGCCUACCGAGGAGGAGCACGCGCAGCGCGCCGUCACCAAGCCGCGCUACAUGCAGUGGCGAGAAGGCAUCAGCUCCAGCACCACGCUCGGCUUCCGCAUCGAAGGCAUCAAGAAAGCUGACGGCUCCUGCAGCACCGACUUUAAGACCACGCGAAGCCGGGAGCAGGUGAUUCGCGUCUUCGAGGAGUUUGUGCAAGGGGAUGCGGAAGUGCUGAGGAGGUAUCUGAACCGCCUGCAGCAGAUCCGGGACACGCUGGAGGUCUCUGAGUUCUUUAGGAGGCACGAGGUGAUUGGCAGCUCGCUACUCUUCGUGCACGAUCACUGCCAUCGCGCGGGUGUGUGGCUCAUCGACUUCGGCAAGACCACGCCCCUCCCCGACGGCCAGACCCUGGACCACCGGCGGCCCUGGGAGGAGGGCAACCGCGAGGACGGCUAUUUGCUGGGGCUGGACAAUCUCAUUAGCAUCCUGGCCAGCCUGGCAGAGAGAUGAGGCUGGGCCCCGGUUCUAACAGAUGGAUCUGCGGCUGCGUCCCCGCCAUGCAUGCCGGAGAGAGACUGAAACCCCGCGCUGCGGGGCGGUUCACACGGUUCUGCAGGGCCAGGUGCCAACCACUAUGGGACGCACUGCACGCGCUGGGGGCUGUCCCCCAUACAAGACCCAGAGUUCCCAGAACCGAUGGCACUAAUUAACAGAAGGGGGUGGGGGAGGGGUGGCUGGGACAAUGGGCUCCUUCCUCAGCCCAGCUCUUCUGAGGGGGCUGCAUAUCUCUCUCGAGAGGCCAAAUAAUGAAUUUUAUUUUGCAGGCACUAGAUCUAUUGGUCUAACUUCCCACACUACAAUGGACAGCCUUUCCCAAUAAAACUCAAAAA